UUUACGGUUGAGAGGGGCGGAAGAUAUUGGAAAAGGGUUGUUUCCUGGUAGUAACGAAACUACUCCAUGACGACAUAACCACAACGUUCGAUUUGUUUCCGAAAGCCCGUUCUACACGCUGUGUGAAGACGUUGUAACCGCCAAACAAUGUUCAAACUAAGGUGCCGUGUCGCCGUAGGGCAGGAAGACGGUGAACACCAUCAUCGUGUGAAGCGGCCCAACGUCGCACAGAAUAUUGAUUUUACUUGCAAUCUUACCCACCCAUCGCUACCAUAUAGUACGGGUGCGGUAGUCGUGCUUUCUCUCUGACCACUCCACGACUACUAGGGUUCAGCAUGUGCGCUAGUACACUUACCUCCGAGCGACCUGUCCAAGCUGGUUUGAAUAAUGUUCACGUGGAAGAGGGACAAGAGUCCCUGGUUUGUGAGAGUGCGCGUAGGUAAUGCGCUUUCUGCUCGCUCCCUGACAUUGAAGGGUCCAACGGCCCGGGUUGCUGGGACGGCCUCUACGCCCAAAACCCAACCAAGGCUAGUUGAAGAACGUUUGCGUUUCGAAUCGAAGGACUCGUGUGAAGGAUUCCGCGGUCCGCAGCUGGUUUCUCUCGUGCUCACGCGGUGGAAUUUUCCUGAAUCCGAACAAUCUUCCGUCCGUCGAUCCGUGAGCACGACUGACCCCACGCUGUACAAAAAGGCUUUUCUGCUCUUCCCGCACAAAGAGCGCUGAUUGAUAGAAGGAAAGAGGGAGAGAAAGCUUCACUGGUCAGGCGAUUUUCCCAUUUAGCGAUUCGGCACCGUCACUGGAGUCCACCCCAGCAAACCCUCAGUGUCCAGUUACGGUGUGUUUGCGACUAUGCGCGACCGCCAGUCAGUACACGCUGGAGAAUGUUCCAGGGCACAACGCUAGGAUUCGUUCGGUCGCGCACGGUCCUGCACAGUUUCCCCGAGCAAGUAGUGUCCGGACAUUGCGGCUGUGCUGCGUCAUCCCAUCAUCCGCGGGACGAUUGGCCGGCACAGCGGCCGGCGGCUUACCCACCACUUACCGGCCCCCUCGCUUACGGCAGCAUGUUCGUCCUGUCGACCCUGUUUUCCAGAUCGCGCGGCAGCAGUAGGAUGGACCGGUACGAGAAGCUCAGCCGGCUCGGCGAAGGUUCGUACGGGGUGGUGUACAAGUGCCGGGACCGCGAGACGGGGUCGCUCGUCGCGGUCAAGCGCUUCGUCGAGUCGGAGGACGAUCCAGCCAUACGCAAGAUCGCGCUGCGGGAGAUACGCCUGCUGAAGAACCUGAAGCACCCGAACCUGGUCUGCCUGCUGGAGGUGUUCCGGCGGAAGCGUCGCCUUCAUCUGGUGUUUGAGUUUUGCGAACACACCGUCCUGCACGAGCUGGAGCGACAUCCGGAGGGUUGUCCAGAUAAUCUAACCAAGCAGAUCACGUACCAAACCAUCCAGGGUGUUGCCUACUGUCACAAGCAGGGUUGUCUGCACCGGGACAUCAAGCCGGAAAACAUUCUGCUUACGGCACAGGGGCAGGUGAAGCUGUGCGAUUUCGGUUUCGCUCGGAUGCUUAGCCCUGGUGAAAAUUAUACAGACUAUGUAGCAACGCGAUGGUACCGAGCGCCGGAACUGCUGGUCGGCGACACACAGUACGGUACGCCGGUGGACGUGUGGGCCAUCGGGUGUGUGUUUGCCGAGCUGGUGCGCGGUGAUGCCCUCUGGCCCGGCCGCAGCGACGUCGAUCAGCUCUACCUGAUACGGCGCACACUCGGCGAUCUACUACCUCGGCAUCUGGCCAUCUUCAAUCAGAACGAGUUCUUUAAGGGUAUAACGCUUCCCGUGCCACCGACACUGGAAACGCUCGAAGCCAAGAUGCCAUCCCGUACCUUAGCCAAUCCGUUGAUGAUGGAUUUUCUUAAGAAAUGCUUGGACAAGGAUCCCGCCAAACGCUGGUCCUGCGAGCGGUUGGCUACGCAUCCGUACUUCGAAGACUACAUCACCAAGCAGAAGGAGAUCGAGCAGACGAUUACGCUCGAGCAGAAGCAGACGGGCACGCGGGAACUAAAGCCGAAGACUUCGAACACCUCGCUACCGCAGCUACCCGGCACGCAGGAGUCGCGCGUCCCGCAGAAGAAUCUGUUCCUGCGCUCCGACCACCACUUGCCAACCAUCUAAAGCGAGGGGUGUGCGUUCAACCAUGUGGGGGAAGGGUGGGUGGUGGUGAGGAAGUGUUUUUUUUCCUCUUUUUUGUACUGGAAUUUCUUACCCGAUUCAAUGCAAACGCCAACUUGUUUGCCCAGCUGUGGUGACAAACAUGUCGGGGGCUUCUUCACUUUACUAUGUUGUGACCAGCGUAGAAGUUAACACCCUUUCAUUCUUAGCAGCAACAUGAAGCGUUUGCGUGUCA